AUGCUUUAUUCAGAAAAGGCUGAAGAAGGUGAAUUAGAUAGAUGGUUAAUCCAAGAUGACUCAAAAGAACCUGCUGAUGCCAACAAAAAGGCACUGAAUAUUGGAAAUAAAGUUGAAAAAGAUGAUUCUAAAUCAUUUAAAUAG